CUCUUAACCGUCUGAUCGAAAACGAAACGCCACCCUCCCUUACCGCUGAGACUCUCUUCGCUGCCUCUCUCUCUCUCGCUCGCUCGCUCGCUCGCUCGCAGGUGGCUUCGUUUUCUCUGAAACUCGAAUCGUUGCUUCUUUUCUCUUUCGGUUUCGAGAAUACCAAAAGAUUGGUUAUGAUGAUGUAGAAUGUGAAUGUUCUUGAUUUCUGUAGCGGUAAUUCUUUUCUUUGCUUGUAGUCUAAGGCUGUUUCGUGAUUUCAUCACUUACCGUUUUACGUUGCGGAUCUUUAUCGAGAUCAGCGAUUUUCUGUUUCAAUGUCACCUUCGUGAACCUACAUUUCCUCGCUUUUCAGUUGCAGGCAAAGUAUGUCCGUGAAACUUGCAAAUAGUUAAAAUGUUGUCAGGAAUAAGACCAACUAAUACAUAUUCAGAACCGUCUAGCAAAAUGGGAUUCAGCAGUGUAGGUGUACAAAAGAGUUCAAAACAGCAGCAGAAUUCCAAGAUAGUGAAGGAUGUGGUUCUUCCAACCCAAGUAAAGCAGAGUAUAAAGCAUCAAGACAAGUUAAAAGCUAAGAGUUGUACUAUUAAGCCAUAUGAUGAUCCGCCCCGUGAACUAACACAACAUUCAAAUUCCAGGACCUUGGUCCAACAAAAAACUUCAGGGAAUUGUCAGCAGCUGUCUGUCAUGGUAAGGGCAACAAAAGAUGAUGAGCUUAUCAAGUAUAUGUCAAAUCUGCCUUGUUAUCUCCAGCGUGUGGAGAAAACAGAAAACAUCCAGGAUAAGGCUUUAAAUGUUGGGGUUUUGGAUUGGUCCCGUUUAGAGAAUUGGAAAUGCAACCAAAAGGACACCCUGGUGGAAGCGGGCAAUAAUGCAUCCUUGCCUAGCAGUAAUUUGUCAACUAAAAUGAUGACUAGAUCAUCUACUUUCUAUAGUCAAGCUCGCAAUGAGACUUCUGCCUAUCAAAGCAAGCAGCAUCCCUCUCUUUCUUGUAGAAAUAAUUCUUCUCAUAAUGAUGGCAUUUCUCAAGAUGCCAACUCAUCUGUCCGGGAUGCCAUACACUUUCAGGAUGUGGCAAAUGCUGCCAAACGCCAUUUUGAUGGACACAAGAGAGCAUUGUGGAACAAGAAGUCUUUUGACAGAAAUAGUUCAGAUACUGCUUUUGAGAAGGGGAGAAGAAGAGAGUUGCAUGAUAGAAUUGCUUCAAAAGUUCAGAAUGGGUCAUCCAAUUCCAGAUAUAACGGUAUGCCAUUUGGACCCAAAGAAAGUGAUAGAGAGGCCAAGCAGAUGGUUGAGGAAAUGCAAGAAAUGCAUACAAAGAGAAAAUCUUUUAAACAUAAGAAAAUUCCAAACAGGGGAGCUUCAUCAUCAAAGCUGAGAUAUUAUGACACUUCACCCAGUGCAAAGGAAAAGAAGAAUGUCGACGAUAGUAGAACAGAGAAGAGAAUGGAGCUGCAAGAAUCAGCUAUUGAUUUUCCUGCUCAACAUCAAGCUGAUGAGAAGAAAAGAAUCAUUCACUUUUUUACCAAAAAGUUCUCGCACAAUAGCUUCCAAGAGCAACCAAGAACAUCGUUGGAUGAGAAUGUAUCAGAAGCAUAUCAGAAUACCUUGUCAGAUGGCUUUUCUGAUGAGGUUUUCUCUUCAGAACUCCAAUAUGACAUUCCUCACUCAUGUCCACUGCCUUCUAGAGCUGAGAUUAACAUUGACCAGCAGGAGAUGGCACCUGGUGUAAUCAAUACUCGGCAUGCGGAGCUGUCAUCCAAUGCAAGCAACAAUGUUAAGUCGUCAAAUGGAAAUCUAGUCGAAACUUUAAAGAUAUCGGACCAAGAUACAUCAGAACUGGCAGCUAGAAAAGGCAGACAUCCAUCACCAAAUCGCCGAUUUAGCUUCAGCUUAGGUCAGAUGACCAGAAGUUUUAGCUUCAAGGAGAGUUCAGCUGUCCCACGGUUGAGCUCCACAUAUGUUUCAGUGAAGUCUGGUCCUGUGAUAUCUAAAGCUUCUGCUGGUUUGGAUAAUUCAAGCAGAGAGAAAGCAAGUUGUCAUAGAGGUAGAUCCAGCCCUUUGAGAAGGUUACUGGAUCCAUUACUGAAGUCCAGGAUUUUAACUCCAACUGGUUCUGCUGAAACUGAUCAGCCAUUAAGAGGAAGCCUGAAUUCCUACAGCUUUAAGCCUAUUAACACCACUGAAUCACUUCGGACUGAAAAGCAUGAGGCAUCAACUAUACAAGCUCACCUGUUGAUUACAAAAAGGAAUGGACUUCCUUUGUUCAGAUUUGUGAUCAAUAAUAACAAUAUUAUUAUUGGGGCGCCUGUGAAAAAUUUAAUGUCACCUGGGAAGAAUGAUUCAGGCUGCAACUAUGCAUUUUAUGCCAUUGAUGAAAUCAAGAAAAAAAGUGGCAGCUGGAUAAAUCAAGGUAUUAAAGAGAAAAGUUGUGGCUUUGUCUAUAAUGUGGUUGGCCAGAUGAAGAUUAACAGCUCUUCCUUGGAUUUUUCUGGGCAGAACUCCAAUACCCAGUGUAUGGUAAAAGAGUCUGUGUUGUUUGGCGUUGAGCUAAGACAGACAGGUCAGGUAUCUCCAAAGUUAGUGCAAAACACGGAGCUUGCAGCUAUUGUUGUCAAAAUGCCUGGUGGAAACUUAGGCUUUGACAAGCGGCAGACUGAUAAAGAAGAAAAUAUCAUAGAAAAGGGCUUCUCAUGGCACUUGCUGGACAAUGAAAACUCUAAUAGUUGUACAGUCAUACUUCCUGGCGGUGUUCAUAGUUUGCCAAACACAGGAGUUCCUUCACCACUGAUUCACCGAUGGAGAUCUGGUGGAUCAUGCGACUGUGGAGGUUGGGAUGUUGGUUGCAAACUCCGCAUCCUCUCCAGUGAAAUCGAACACCAUAAGCUUCCAAGGACAUCCAAUGCUUGCCUCACAUCGAAUCGUUUUGAACUUUUUGUUCAGGGAGAAGCCCAACUGGAUAAACCCAUCUUUAGCUUGGCACCAAUUGAAAAGGGAAAGUACUCGGUUGAGUUCAGUCCAUCAAUUUCUUUGUUACAGGCAUUCUUCAUUUGUGUCACAGUGAUAAGUUGCCGGAUAUCAUCUGAUCUUGCUGAACUGAGUAACGUGACGGAAGAAAAAGUACUUCAGGAUUCCGAAAAUCUAAAUGAUGUAAUGAAGAAGAUUCGCACCACUGUCCUGGGGAAAGUACCUUUGAAAUACACUCCAAGCCCACCUGUUUCACCUGCUGGAAGGGUCUAGCUUUUGGCCAGGAGGAGCUCUUAAACAAUAAACAGAGAUCCUGCUGUAGUAGAAGUCAUAUUUGGCUAUAAUAAUUUUGUAUCAGUUCUGUUACAUUACCAACAUCACCCUUGUAUAAAGAAAUAGUGCAAACAAAUAUACACCUCUGAAAUUAAGAUGA